CAUUGGCUACGGUCAAAGCUGAUCUAAUCCACGCCUUCCUCUCGGUGGCAGAGCUGAGCCACAGUGUAACAUCACCCAUGAGUUUCCGUGUGGAGUACAAACGCGGCAGUACGGGUCCCGCCAUGUUCCAGCGCCACGUCAGGUUCCAAGUGGAUAUCACGCCGGUGUGUUCUCCCAAUGACCCCAACCCGCUCUACGCAAUUAACUUCAUCCUCCUCUCUGGAAACAUCCGACGGUUCCGGCGAAUAUGUGAACACAUCCAGGCACAGGUGUGCAGCCGUCGACCGCCUGCCUCUCCCAGGGUGGGUCGCAAAUUCACCACCGAACUCUCUGAGUCAUCCUCAUGUGGCUCAGAUACCUCAGAGAGACUCUCCCCCUUCCCUCCAGGAAAACAGACUGAGAGCGACGUAGAGAGUGACGUGUCCCAAUCAGAAGGCAAGAACCUAUCAAGUGGCCGGGGUGGCCGGGAUUCACCCCAAGGCAAUGUGUCGAACGGGCGCAGCACUUCGGAUCCUGAGACACAACAGCUUGGCUCACCAGAGCUGGCCACGUAGUCCAGGGCCCCCACUGGUAGUGCCGCCAGAACCAGCGCCCUACUGCCACCACCCUUCCUGCCAGGCGGCCCUUGUGACCAGGAUCCGCGUUCCGUCAAGAACAUUUGCUCAUCAGGACAGAAUAAUGUUAGGGAUGCAUAAUGCUAUGACAAAUGGUUAGAGUAUGAUUGCCAAUGUGAUUAGAUAAACCUUGUCCAUAUAAUUAUGUAUGGUAAGCAGACAAACUUUGAAGUUACUUGUUUUACCCCUAAGGACGAAUGAACUAGAUAGUGCUUGCUGGUAUGAUCAGUGUUGUGUUUUGUCCAGGGAUGGUUUCUUCUGAAAAUGCGAAAAGAUACUUUCAGCUUUCAAAUUUUCUUGUCGAUAGGCUUCCUAACAUCAUCUGAUUUUGGUGGAGUAAGGUACAGUACUGUGAAUUAUUGCUUGCGACUAUGUUAUUCUCAUUUUAUACCACAUUUAGAGUGUUUUAUAGGGUAUAGCCAAAGCGACGAAACCAACAACCAUUAAUUAUUUCCUAUGCGAGUCUGUAGCAUGCCAAAAUGAUUUGGUUUUGCAACAAUUGACAGUGGAAAGCUUCUCCAAACUGAAAUCGUCCGUAGAGCGCUGACCUAGGAAUAACAAAGUCUGCACGCUUGCAACAGCAAAAACUGAAUUUUUUUUCCUAAGGCGGAGCCCUGUUUGCCGCAGCGUUUGUGUACUUGGGACUGUACCUAAGGACAGAGUAAAUGUGUCAUCACUGCACUGGCUGUGUUGGCCAGCCUUACCAACGUUAUGUUGUUACUACCAAUGUAAUCUUAUAUUUACUAAAAAAAAAAAAAAGAUUUACACCAUUAAAUAUUUAAGUGAAAAAAAAAAAAAGUGUGUGAAGUGAGGUUGAAACUGAUGUUCGUGAAAGGUGGCUAAAACUUCAGGGAUACAACUGCGUCACCAGGCAACAAGUUGUGACUUCAUCCAUUGAACUGUCAUUCUCCACCACUCCCACACCUCAGCAAAGCGACCAGGAGCCCUGAAGUCACCUGAACUCAUUAUCUGUCACUCCCACACCUCAACCGUGAUAUCAACCAGUCUUCUUUAGGUGUAUUCAAGAAGAAUACCAUAUUUCUUCCAGCCGAAUAUUUAUGUAAUCAGUCUUGGUAUGACCAUCUGGUAGUUAUUUUAUUACUACUUUUGUUCCUGCUCAUUAAGAAUUUCUACACAAAUAUAUAAUUGUAGUAUAAGUUCUGAGUUAGUUAGCUUGAACUAUCAAUUCUGAGUUACUUUUAACUAUGAAGAGUGAUGAACUCCUAUGUGAGCCUAUGAGAACUAUACCAACAAACACUCUGUCAUGAGAAUCUGAUUCAAAGUGUCUGACAGCAGCUUUAACUGUUUAUGUUCUCAUGACUGCUAAUAAUUAUAACGUUAGGUAUAUGUAGCUUGGUAGUAAAUCAACUCUUUUGAACACACACUUAUCACCAUUCAUGAUUAACUUGUAAACACUGGUGCUUGGCUUUUUAUCCGAGACAGAUGUAAUAUCAUUCAAAAUUGGGCAUAAGUGUUUUCCAUUCUAGGUAACUGCUCACUAUUUUGGUCAAUUUUCAUUAUCAAUGGGUAAACUUUGACCCUGCUUGGACACCAGUCUCUCACUAGCAGCACAGAAAGAACCAUGGAUAAUUAAAAGUACAAGUAUUUUUAAUAUUUUUCAUAGGCUUGCAUCAUUUUACACUAAAAUACUAGUCAGCGAGCACGUGCUUGGGCCAUUAAUAAGUUUUUUAAUAAAGUCCAACCUACUGAGAAGUAAAAGUAACCAACUUAGUGUAGCAGUCAGUAUUGAGCGCUUCACUUGCAGCCUCACCACCAUUGUAUCACAGUACACUAUAGUAUGUGUAAUUUCAUUGAUGAGUCUUUUGCUAAAAUCUAAAAGCAAGUAUAAAUACACAUAUUUGGUAAAUGGUGAGGCAAAUUCCAUGGUCAGAUGCAGUUUACAGUAAACAUCCCAUCCUUCAGCUACAAGAAUUUUUGUGAGAUUAGAAAGACCUUAGCAGACCAUACUCAGAAUGCUGAUUAUCAAAAAAAUUUCUUUGACUAAUAUACAGUAUUUAUAAGACUUGACAACAGGAAUAGUUAUGUAUUAAAGGUCUAUAGAAAACUGUACAAAAAUAAUGAAAUUUUGUAGUAACAGACUGAGCACAUAUUAUAUUUAUUAAUUAAGGGUAACUAAAGUACUAUCAUUAGAGUGCUCAUGAAGUUACAUCUUAGGUAUACAUAAAUUUAAAUAAAACAGCUAAGGUGGUGGGAGGGCCUUGAAUUGAGGUGAUAGAAGCACAAUAUGUUGAUGACCACACUUCCUGAAAUUAAAACAUUCCAUUCAUCGCACACUUCAUAAUUGUUUGUAUUUGAAAAUCUGAUUCGAUGUAAUUAGCAUUCUUUGCUGCUUGAUACCAGAUCUAACCUAAUUUUGAUUAAUUAUUUUCUGAGUUAUAUAAUCUAAAUGAAAGUUGGGCAUUAUUAAUUAUUUUCUGAGUUAUAUAAUCUAAAUGAAAGUUGGGCAUUAUUUAGGCAUGGAAUUAUCAAGGAAAGUUAAUUAUAGCUUUAAAUAUUGUUAGAAGCAGAAUAUAUACAGUGAUUUAAAUAUUCUUGGUAGUGCAGUCCCAUUUUAUACAGCCUGUUUUGUACAAGUCUUUCCUCCAUUCAUGGACUCAUCUUCAUUGCUGUCUUCUUAUUACAGCAGCCACUUAGAAUAUAUGCCGGGUGGAUCCGAAAAUGAAUUCUCGAUCAUUUGGAUUAUACGUGACACUCUUUUGACUAGCCGGAAAGCUCUACUACUCGGGCAGCAUCACUGAAAAUCCAAGCGACUAUAAGUUUUCUUUUUCUGAUCGCACCCAAUGUCUACAAAGUUUGGCGAUUCUCACAAGCCAACGAGGAGGCCUUCAUAACCCUUACCUUUUCCUGCAGCCCAUGUGUAGCCAGGGCCAGCCAGGUAGGCCCUUAAGGUGACAACAGCUAAAAUCACCGUGUAGCAGGGCACCCUUAAUGGGGCACCAACGCUGACAGGCUCCAGGACCCAGCAAAGCUGCACGUCCUCGCAAAGUCCUGUGGCGAGGACAGUGAUGUCUGACCUCAGGCCGAGUCCUCCACAGUUUAAUUUUUCUAUACACAUCACCUUAAAAUUUAGCCUUACUGGAGGAUUCUCCCAGGUCAUUCAUAGCUGACCUCGCCACACAGUGUAGAGAAGCACAAUGUGGAGAUGCGGGGUGAUAAGGGGCAGCCCCACACGCUGAGAGUCGUCAAGUUAUAGCGUCCAGUUAGGUCUAUGCUCUCAAGGUUUUGUCCUGACAUGGUGUGUGUAAGUUUUGUAAAUAUUACUUUGUAAGAAAUAUGCUUGUUAAGUCUGUAUUAUACUAAUAUAAAUACCAGUAUCUAGGAUA